UCCUGUUGUGAAAUCUAUCUGUCUAUCUGUCUUCCCUGAGACACACAGGACACGUAUGAUACAUACAUGAUAACGAUUUUCUCUUCAUAAUGGCAUUCUCUAAGAUCUCUCACCGUAUGCAGUUUCUGUCCAUUGAAAAUUCUUUCAGAUAAAUUUGGCUCCUCCCUUUACAAUAUGGCUUGCUGAGAUUGAAGUCGACAAUGGCUGCCCUGUGCGGGCAUCCAUUAUUCCUACGUGUAGCUGGCAUCCAGCAUCUCCAUAGAAACACAGCAAGCUGACUCAGGGAGCCAGACAUAUUCAUUUAUUUGUAUAGUGCAAUUUCCUGUUGUAUUUUCCUUUUCUUAAUGAACUAUAUUUUUAAAUUUGGAUACUUGAGAUAUAUUUUUAAACAAUGCCUAUAACUUUUGACCUUGAGUGUGGCCCGAAGUGCCGCUCUAGGAACCACUCCUACGAGUUUGUGGCAGCCAUUACUAAGUGCAAUCUGAAGGAGAUUCAGGCGUACUCCAGGCUCUGUUAUACAUCAGGACAACACAACGACAUGUUUGGUAGAUCAGCUCUCCACAUGGCCGCCUCAUGUGGAAAGGUGGAUAUUGUGGAAUGGCUCCUAGAGGAGAAAGGUGGAGAUCUGACACAGAAAGAUGCAGAGUCUGGGUGGACUGCCCUCCACAGAGCGAUGUUUUACGGACAGCUAGCGGUGGCUAGACUUCUCACACAGUACACCAGCGACCUGUAUACCCGGGAUCAUCUUGGUUUAAGUCCACUGGACAUUGCUAUGAAGGACCGUCCGGCUCACAUCUCAUAUGACAAAGCAGACCUGUCAGAUGUUUACACCUGGGGCGAUAACACCAAUCUCACCCUAGGUCAUGGCAAGGAGCAGAGAAGAGGUCACCCAGAGGUUGUGGAAGAGUUCAAGAAGAAUGGAAUCGGUGUGAAAGAGGUUGUUCUGUGUAAGUAUCACACAGUGUUUCUGACCGUGGAUGGACAGGUGUACACGUGUGGACAUGGUCAGGGCGGACGACUCGGACACGGGGACGAACACACGUACAUGGUGCCUAAGCUGGUGGAGACGCUGAGAGGUUUACAGUGCAGUCAGGUUGUAGCGUCAAGGGAUCACACCGUAUUCCUCAUGUCUGAUGGUUCAGUGUUUUCUUGUGGACUGAAUGACAGUCACCAGCUUGGACAGCAAUCUACAGUUCCUAAAUCUCUAAUCCCCAAACAGGUAACUGGUAAGAACAUCAAAGGGAAGACUAUCAAAGGUGUGUGUGUCGGACGAUUUCACACUGUGCUGUACACUCGUGAGGCUGUGUACACGUGUGGGCUGAAUGCUGGACAAUUAGGCCACGCUAAGGGAGCUGAGAAGCAGACCCAGCUACGACAGGUCUCUAACCUCAAUCACUCUGACAUCAGCAUCGUCAUGGUGUCGUGCUCCGACGCUGCGACCGUGUGUUUGACAACGCGUGGUGACAUCUACGUCCUGCACGAGUACCAGUGCAGGAAGAUUGCAUCAAAGUGGCAGGACAUCCAUGAGAUUUUUGUCUCGGGAGGAAAUCUGGAUCACAUGUCUGACCUUGAUGUACUGAGAGAGAAAGGUGGAACGGAACUACGCAUCGUGCUGCUGACCUCAACAGGAAAGACAUUUGUCUGGCAUGCUGCCAGUCCGAGCCUGAAGCGAUGUCGCUGGGCGAUACGACGUCAGUUAACCGUGGCAGAUGUUGCCCUUAGUACCAACAAUAUUGCCAUAGUAACAGACAAUGGGGAGGCCUUCGUGGGGAAUUUUGUACAAAAGAAAAGUGGAAAGGAAAACACACAGACAACUAAAGAACAUGAGAAAAAUGACUUUGAGUUACGGCUGAUCGACCUCCUACUGAAAGAUGAAGCUGAGGAUGUCAUGCUUCGCCGACUUCCUGAAAUCCAUCGAGGGACACGGAUCUUUAUGGACUCCAAGGGACAUAACUUCUGUGUGUUACAGUCCAUCCCUAACUUGUGUAUAACUGAUGUUCCCAGUGUCAGCCAAUCAGAAAUGCCGUUACAUUUCCAGCAGCUGUUAGAUGAGGCUGAUGAGUUUGAUAUGAUCCAUGAUAUUGUUCUGAAGGUCAAAGGUCGAAGCUGGGCAGCACACAAGUUUAUUCUUCUCAGUCGUAGUGACCUUUUCUACAAGCUGAUUGCCGAGGUCAAAAGAAAGUCAUCAGAGGAUCAGACCACCCUGGAAAUCCCAGAUGUGAACCCCGAGAUUUUCCAUCAGAUGCUGACCUACAUAUACAGUGACACGUGUGAUCUACUCCGGGUCGGGGCUGUGUUUGACUUCAAGCCAGUUCUGACAGAGAGAGACUGUAAUGGAAAUGACUUUGAUGAAGACGGUCUCAGCUCUAUGAGAGGAAAAUCAGCAUAUGAAGUGACACAGAAAAAGAAAGGAAAGGAGAAGAAAAACAUGAGGACAGUGAUGGCCGAUAAAGAUCCUGUCAAACUCCUACAGGACAUGGCCAAGCGAUUCGGAGUGAAGGGAUUAUCCAAAAAACUGGAUGGCUUGCAGUACGUGAACGGCCGGAUAGACGGGAAAUCUAAACAACAGACCAGGGCACCACUCAGACUGGAGCGAUCCAAGUUGAUGGAUCUUUGUGAUAUCACGAUUGCGGGGCAGGAUGGAACAGCGGUAUGCUGCCACAAGUGUGUGUUGGUGGCAAGACUGGAGUAUUUCAACAGCAUGCUGAGUAGUGGAUGGGUAGAGACGAGUUCCACACAGGCCCUGACAUUACCUGUCCCUGGUGAUUGUCUGAAGAUCCUCAUAGAUUUCCUCUACACAGACGAGGCUCCUGCUGUAACAGGGAGUGAGAAUUUAGAACUGAUUUGUAAUGUCCUCGUGAUGGCUGACCAGCUUCUGGUGACCCGACUAGUACAGAUCUGUGAAGUUACACUGAGUGAGCGUGUAACAAUGAAGAAUGUGGGGGAGCUGUUGGAAUUUUCCACUCUGUAUAACGCUGGGCAGCUGAAGGCUGUGUGUCAACAGUACAUCGUCAUCAACCUCGCGGCCAUCAUAGAGGGCAGGUAUUUAGACAUGGUCAGUGAUGAUGUAAUGGCUGAGUUGACAAGAUACUACCAUGACAAGGUUCCAUGUAUGAGUCGACGUGUAAUUACCCCAUUUUCAGAUGGUCCCUCUAAGUCUUUCGUGGAGGAGCUGACAGAAUCUUCACAGAUUAACGAGAGUCUGUCAGGCGAUUCCACAGUCAGGAAAUCCAAGAACCGGAGGCGACGUAGCAGGAUGAAGAGCACGUCGGAGGACGAUGGAAGGAGAGACAGCCAGUCAGAUGAAGUCAGCAGGAGAGAGAGAAAGAUAGAUAGACAGAUAUCUGUCAGUUCAGAGAAGAGUCUUUUUUCAGAUGAGGAAGAUGAGAAGCCAAUCAUGGAACCGGCGGCCAAACUACUGUCUGACCCAGUAUCUAUUCCUUCAUCUAAAGAAAGUCUUCCAACCGAGUCACAGCGUGGAUCCUGGACAGCGGCACCAAAAACUUUACAUGUAUCCCCCAGUAGUCUCCCAGAAAAGUCACAUGCUGCAUCGCCUCCCGGAAUGAGUCUCAGAGAGAUCAUGGAGGAAGAAAAAUGUAUCCAGCAACCCGAAGUUCAGAUAAGAAACAAGAAGUUUUCUUGGAAAGAUGUCAAGAGACAACAAAAUCAGGAGAGGAAAUCUCAGAGUAAAGUAAAGGAAGAGGAUGAGGGCACCACCCCGCAGUCUGACUCACGGAACACCCCUCAGCUCAACACUAGAUCCACACCUCCUAAAGUCCCAUGGGGUGGUGUUCAUCAGAAUGUGACCUCCUUCAGAGACCUAAUCACGGAGGACAGGAACCAGAGCUGUCACCCAGAGACAAAGCAGUACCCCACACUAACAACACCACAGAAAUCUCACAAACAGGUGUUCAGUUGGGGACUCCCCCAGACCUCAGGCCCACAGAAACCAACCAGACAACAGUCAGAGGAGGGCGCCCCUGCUACCAGUCCCCAGACAGCAGACAACCCCUGGAGCAGGGCGAGUAGUGUCCAGUCUCCAACAGCGCCCUCUGUUAGCUUCUCGGACAUCGUUCAUGAUGAGAUUCAGAAACGAGAGAGUUUAGUGAGAGUGACCAGUAAGCCACUCGGUCUUAUACAGAUAGAAGAGCUGGCUAUUCAGGAGUUACUGCAGCAUUACAGGGCCCGGGACAACGUAGACGAACACAUCACAGUGGAGAGGGUGCCCCGGCAAAUGGCAACGCCUCUAUGGACCUCCAAAUCCAAAUCUGUCACGCUUCAUUGAUUUCUAAAAUAACCACACCUCCAAAUCUGUCUCGCUUCAUUGAUUACUGAUAUACAUACAUCUCUCUGGAUCUUCAGAUUGAAAUCCAGAAAACUCCAUUGUUUCAAGAAAUUGCUACGCCUUUACAGAUAAUUGGCUCUUUCACACUCUAACAAUGUAAGAAAUGGUACUGUUACUGUCCACAUUCAACAUACAAAUCAUUAUGAAAAUAAUUGAUGUAUCAGAGUCUGUAGACUUCCAUAUCCAAAUCUGCAAUGCUCCAAUGAUUACAGUAAAGAUGGCCGUGCCUCUCGAGACCUCCAAACACUCAAUUGAUUACAAAACUUUUUAGCCAUUAAGUUGUGAAAUUGAUACUAAUUUAGUAUUUGCCGUGUUACAGUGCUGGAAUGGUUCUGUAUAAUUUACAGACCAUGUGUUAUUUGUCUUGAUAUUCAAUGGUUCUGUAUAAUUUACAGACCAUGUGUUAUUUGUCUUGAUAUUAAACACGUUUGAAAAACAUG